AUGUUGGAGGAUUUUGUCGUCUAUGCCGCAACUAUUGGAAACCAGGUACACCAUUAUUCCGGAACAUGGAACAAAAAACAAAAGGUGUGUUUGCAUCAAUUCCAUUUAUUAAUUGGAAAAAAAGCACUAGGUGAUAAUGGAAGAUUAAUGAAACAUUCUCGAUCAGAAUAUCAUCUAAUUGCACUUGACAAUGACAAGUUUCGACAGCAAGAAGGUUCCGUUCUCAAUCAAAUAGUUACGGUAAAUGAAGCACAAAAACAGGAAAAUAGAGAUCGUUUAAGUGAUUUGCUUGAUUGUUCUUAUUUUCUAUUUAAAAACGAAUUAUCACACACAACGCUAUACGAACCAUUAUUACAAUUGAUCAGUCGUCUUGAUCAUAGUUCCAAACUUGCCGCUACAAACGACAUUUUGGAAAAGAACAUUCUUAAAAAAAUACAGCAAGCAAGAGUUAUUAGUAUCAUGUCCGACGAAGGAACUGACAUUAAUAGACACGGAAAUUUAUGUAUUUGUAUCUGGUAUUGUGAUCAAACAACUGGUGAGCCAACUGAAACAUACGUAAGUUUAUUACAUAUAAAAAAUAAAGAUGCAGAAUCUAUUUUUAAUUAUAUCGUAACGGAUUUACAACAAAAAAAUAUUGAUUUAACAAAAACUCGCUUUGUUGCAUUUGAUGGUGCUGCAGUAUUCAGCGGAAUCCAUAAUGGUGUUGCUGCAAAAUUUCGUGCUUUAUUCAAUCUUGCAAUAUUAUUUAUUCAUUGUCGAGCACAUGCAUUACAACUAGCUGUAAUAUCUGCUGCAGAUAGUAUUCCUGAUAUUUGCAAAAGUUUAUCCACACUUAAAUCAUUAGUCAAUUUUAUUAAUCGAUCAUCGGUAAGAUUAACUUUAUUUGAAGAUAUUCAAAAUAGUGCGGAAGCAUUAGGUCUUUAUAAUAUUUUAUCAAAUGAAGCAACUGCAUUUAUUAUUCAUACACUUCAACCAAUAUUAGAUACGUUAGCUGUUUUAUCAAAAUGCAUUCAAACGAAAUCAGCAGAUUUUAAACAAUUACAAGAUUUUAUAUCGUCAACUAUGCUUCGACUUGAAGAACUGAAAGAUUACAGUUCAAUUGAUUAUAUUUAUAUUAUUGAAACAAUUAAAAAAUUAUCCUUAGUGUCUUCUGGAAUUCGAAAUUCAAGAUUAUCAAUAUCAAAUGCACAAUUAACUACUGAUGAAGUUUUCAAGACAAAAAUUCUUCCUUUUAUUGAAAACAUUAUUAAUAACGUUCAAGCUCGUUUUGAGCAAAGUACUCUCAAUUUACUUAACUGCUUUAUGAUAUUUGAUAUGCAAAAUAUGAAUAACAAUAAAGAUUAUGGUGAUGAAGAAAUACGUACUAUCCAACAACAUUAUUCAAGUGACUUUGACGAAUCAAUAAUGUAUGAAUGGAAAACAUUUCGUACAUAUUUAUUAACCCAAAGGCAAGGUGGUAAACUUAUGACGCAACGAGAAGUUUGUAUGAAGCUUGUUCAAGAUGGCAUGUUAAAAGAUAUUUAUCCACAAUUAUCAUUAGCUGCAGAAAUCUUUCUUAUUGCACCUAUUAGUACGGCUACAGUUGAAAGAGAUUUCUCCACAAUGAACCGUAUUCUUACAAAACUAAGAAAUCGAUUAACAACUAAACACGUCGAUCAAUUGAUGAGAAUUUCAAUGGAAGGCGCAAAUACUUUAAAUGAAGAAAUGAAAGACGAAAUCAUCAAUUAUUAG